GGGCAGUGCUUCCAGGUGGGAGCGAGGUGACCCCGGCUGCUAAAGAAAGGUAGGGCAGAGUAGCCAUGGGGGCGCACCUGACCCGGCGCUAUCUGUGGGAUGCCUCGGUGGAGCCUGACCCUGAGAAGAUGCCCAGCUUCCCGCCGAACUACGGUCUUCCGGAGCGCAAGGAGCGAGUGAUGGUGGCCACACAGCAGGAGAUGAUGGAUGCCCAGCUGACACUACAGCAACGUGACUACUGUGCGCACUACCUCAUCCGGCUGCUGAAGUGCAAACGCGACAGCUUUCCCAACUUCGUGGCCUGCAAGCAUGAGCAGCAUGACUGGGACUACUGCGAGCACCAGGACUAUGUGAAGCGCAUGAAGGAGUUUGAACGUGAGCGGCGACUGCUCCGAAGGAAGAAGCGGAGGGAACUGAGGGAGCAACGGGUAGCCCAAGGCCAGGGAGAAGGAGAGGUGGGCCCUGAGAUGGCCCUGUAGGGAUUGACCGCCAGCCUCUGGACCAUCAGUGAAAUAAAAGCUUUAGGUCACCUGCCUA